CAGGGACCUCACCAGGCCUGGGCUCUGCAUUCACAGAGGAUGAAGAUGAGAAUGCCGUGUUCCAGCCAUCACAGCUGUUCGACUUCGAUGAUUUCCUGGAGUUUGAUGACUUAGAUGGGACACAUGCUCUGAUGUCCCGCAUGGUUCGGAAUGAGAUUCCCUACUUCAUUUGGACCUCUCGGCGGGACGUGCUGGAUUGUCGCUUCCUCUCCAAGGAUCAAAUGAUAAACCACUAUGCCAGGGCUGGCUCCUUUACCACAAAGGUGGGUCUAUGUCUCAAUCUCCGGAAUUUGCCAUGGUUUGACGAGGCUGAUGCCGACUCCUUCUUCCCACGCUGCUACCGCCUGGGGGCUGAGGAUGACAAAAAGGCCUUCAUAGGUAAGCAGAUGCUCAGCCCCAUGCCCGACCCCUCAGACUGAAGGAUGAGGGAUGAGGCCCUGGCUCAUGUUGGAGAGUAAAGGGCCUUUCUCCUUGUGCCCUUAUCCACUCCAGCAGAAUUCCUCCAUCCCUAAUCCUUAUCCUUCCCCUAAUGUGCCUCCCUUUAUGAACCUCCUAGCUUGUUCAACUCACACCUCCAGAAGAGCAUAUGCAGCUUAUAUUCUAGAGCAGGUUCUAAAAGUUGGUUGAUGGGUUAAGUUUGGAAUCCAGAAUGGGUUCCAGGCCUGUGUCAGAUUCCACUGGUUACAUCAGGUUCCUAAUCUAGAAAAGACUCUAAGAAUAGUUUCCAACUUUAGAACAUGUUCUAAAUUCAGGUCAGAAUGUGGGUCCAGAUUAGAUGCUAGGUUUCAAUUAGACUCCAAAUCUGAAAUAGGUUUUGGGCCAAGGCUUGGUUCUCAGGCUAGAAUAGGUAUCAAAAGUGGAUCAGGAACAGAAGAGAGAAAUAAAACAGGUCUAAGUGAGAUUCUGAAGGCAGAAUAUGAGUCAAGUCAGAUCAGCUUCUGGGUCUGAUUCUAUAGUUGAAACAGGAGGCAGGUUCU